AGGAGACCAGAAGAAUCCGUUUGCACAGGAGGUAGAAGUCAGUGCCAGAAAUACGGGGUGCUUGUCUACUCUUGCCAGUUUUGUGAUCCAAGAUGGAAACAAGCAUAGUUUCUUCCUCAGACGACACUUCAGAAGCUGCAACCUUCAAAAAGGCGUCACUGCAGCGACUGAAAGUUGGGACGCGACCACUCGGAACUAGACACAUGAAUGUCCCUGUGCUCAAAGAUGGUCAACCUUUGGCGCAAAUUGUCGCACUGCCGGAGCAGCUCUUCCGAGCCAAUUGUUGGAUAACGCAAAGAGAAAGUUCUGCAAAGCCAAUUUCCAAGGACAAUCGGCAUGAUAGCGCUGAUUCCAUCCCGUCAACCAGCAAGGUUCCUGUUGAAAAAGUAGACACGAGACCAACCGAGCCACAGUCUUAUUCUACGGCUGUGCUUCCUGCUGAAGUGACUGAUAUUGAUGCCCCCGAUCGUGGCAAUGUUCAGCUUUGCUCGCAAUACGCAAAAGAUGUCCACAAGUAUCUGUCUGAACUCGAGCUCAAGUACCCAAUCAGGCCCAACUUCCUUCUGGGCAAGCUGAAAAUCACGGCAUCCAUGCGUUCAGUCCUGGUACACUGGUUGGUCCAAGUGCAAGAACAUUUCCAACUGCUUCAGGAGACACUCUACCUUGCCAUUGCUGUUUUAGACAGAUACUUACAGGUGGCUAAAGAUGUUUCUCCUUGUAAUCUGCAACUGAUAGGAGCGACGGCUAUGUUCAUUGCCGCCAAAUAUGAAGAAACGAAUGCUCCGGAUAUUGUGGACUAUGUCUACAUUUCGAAAGAUUCCUUUACAAAGAGGGACAUGUUCACGAUAGAGAUUGCCAUGCUUAAGGCUCUGGACUUCAGCUUGGGUCUGCCACUGCCUCUGCAUUUUCUUCGUCGUGUUUCUAAAGCAGGCAAGGUGUCUGCCAUUGUCCACUCCAUGGCCAAGUACCUCCUAGAGCUGUCAGCCACGGACUACAGCAUGGCUCACAUCCGCCCUUCCCUACUGGCUGCAACAAGCCUAUGGCUAUCACUGCAAAUGGUCGAUGGCAGCGAAUGGACGGCAGAUUUGGCCUACUAUGGCGGCUACACGACGGAAGAGAUGGGGCCGUUCGCAAGGAAAAUAUGCCAACUCGUUAUGUCCGCCUCAUCCAGUAGCAAGAACAUAAUAUGCAACAAGUACAAGAGAGCGAGGUUUGGGAGUGUCAGCAUUCGACCAGAGCUCGGCACUGACCGACUAAAAGAGCUUGUAGCUAGACUCGAACUGAUGCCCUGAGGUUCCGACAAGUACUUUUAGCACAGUUCUGGAAAGCCAAGAUAUGGCUUUUUUUUACGCAAGUUUUAUAUUUACUAGAUUUUAUGUAUACGCCAACCCAGGCCCAUUUCUGUCCGAGCAUGGGUUCUUCGUCGUUUCUAAGAUGGGUUUCCGUCAUGGUGUACAUACUUAUAUCUUCCUCUUCGGCAUUCAAUUCUAGUUCGACCAUUUGACUUUGCUACCUCCUGGUAUGUUCAAUGUGGCAAUAUUAAAGUGAUCCAUGGUA